ACUUUUCUUCUCCAAUGUCAUCAGUUUCAACUUUCUUCAGCUGACUCUCUCCGACUUCUCUCAUCACUGCAAAAUUCUCUCUUUAUUCCUAGCAGCUUCUCUCUGUUUCGACUAAAGUGAUUUUGAUAUAUUGGACCCAAGUGCAAUUCUCAAAAUGUUUCGUUGGAAGAAUUCUUCGCAAACCGAGCAAGAGCAUAAUGAGGCAGCUCUCAGAGAGGCAAAGAUGAAAGAGCUUAAGGCUCUCAUAGGUCAGCUUUCUGGAAGGAGUUCACUGUAUUGUUCAGAUGCAUGUCUCAAGAGAUAUCUGGAAGCUAGGAAUUGGAAUGUAGGCAAAGCCAAGAAGAUGCUCGAGGAGACUCUGAAAUGGAGAUCGACUUUUAAACCCGAGGAAAUCCGAUGGAAUGAAGUUUCAGGUGAAGGUGAGACUGGUAAAGUUUACAAAGCUGGAUUCCAUGACAGGCAUGGAAGAACGGUUCUUAUACUGAGACCCGGCUUGCAGAACACAAAAUCGUUGGAGAACCAGAUGAAACAUCUGGUGUAUCUCAUUGAGAAUGCUAUUCUGAAUCUACCAGAGGAUCAAGAACAGAUGUCUUGGCUUAUUGACUUCACGGACUGGUCAAUGAGCACUAGUGUGCCUAUUAAAUCUGCCAGAGAAACUAUAAAUAUACUGCAAAAUCACUACCCAGAGAGACUAGCUGUAGCUUUCCUUUAUAAUCCUCCAAGAAUCUUUGAGGCAUUCUGGAAGAUUGUGAAGUACUUCAUUGAUGCAAAGACGUUCGUCAAGGUGAAAUUUGUUUACCCAAAGAACCCAGAAAGCGUGGAGCUUAUGAGCACAUUUUUCGACGAGGAAAAUCUCCCAACCGAGUUUGGAGGGAAAGCUUUGUUGCAGUAUAACUAUGAAGAAUUCUCCAAGCAAAUGAACCAAGACGAUGUUAAAACUGCAAACUUUUGGGGAUUGGGUCACAGUAACUCUAACCAGCUGCACGUGAGCAACGGAUUUUCUGGAGCCGAGAUUGCCCCUGAGCCAAUCCAAACCCACCCUUGACCGGUUUUGAAGGCAGUGUAUUGUAUAACCAACCCUUUUGAAAUGUACUAAUAGCUCUUGAUGCUAAGUAGAGAGGUUGUAUGAUUUAGACAUAACAUUUGAUUAAAAUAAAAAGGAGUUGUGUGU